ACAGCGUAAGCAAGCUUCAUCAUUCUUCCAUUCGAUUCCGUUCUAUGGAAUGGUAGUUUUGAUUUCUGGGAAACACAAACAAGAGAAGCAGCAGAAUAUAUACAAAGUGACGAAGGAAUCAAUAAUCCCCAAAUAUUAUUUUUAUUAUUAUUUCAUUUCAUUUCAUUUAAUUAAAUAUCCCUUCCCUAGCUAGCUAGGGAUUUCAAUUUCACCAUGAAUGCCGCCGAAGAAGAGGAAGCUCCACCUCACCAACAACCCUCCGAUUCCCCACCUCCUCCUCCUCCUCCGUCGAACCUCUCAGUUAAUGCCGACGCCGAUAUGCACGACGCCGUCGUUAUUGGAUGUGAGAACAAUGAUUCCGCCGUAAACAGCACCGAUGAGGUUGCUGUUGAUGACGCGGCGUUGGCUGAGGGCGGUGAAGGCCAAUUGCAUGUGAUGGAAACUGCUUCCUACGGUGAUGGGGAUGGUAUGCAAGACGAUGAAGAAAUUGCUGCAGAGGAGAAGGGGACUGAUGUUGAUUUAGAGCCCGAUAAUGUCGAAGAGGUUCAAGUUAGGGUUGAUAACUCAGAUGAAGCUCCUUUGAUCGGAGAAGACGACGAGGAGAAGAAGGAAGAAGAAGACGAGAAAGAAAUUCAAGAAGGUGAACAUCCGCAGCAAAAUGAAGACGAUGAAGAACAAGAGCAGGAGCAAGAAGAUGACGAAGAAGAAGCUGAUCCUGAUGGUGAUGGUGAUGUUAGUUUACCAGAUGUAGAAGAUAAAGAGGCUGAUGAGGAGACGGUGGUGGAGGUAGCGGAGGAGGAGCCAAGUCCAAGUGCGAGUGCUGGGAAAAGGAAGAGUGGGAAUGGGAAGAAUUCUAAAUCGAGUGGGAGAGUUCCUUCAAAGAAAAAGAUGGAAGAGGACGUUUGUUUCAUUUGCUUUGAUGGGGGUGACCUUGUGCUUUGUGACCGAAGGGGUUGCCCCAAGGCUUACCACCCUUCUUGCGUUAAUCGCGACGAGGCCUUCUUCCAAACCAAGGGAAAGUGGAAUUGCGGUUGGCAUCUUUGCAGCAACUGUGAGAAGAAUGCACACUACUUGUGCUAUACAUGUACAUUCUCUUUGUGCAAGGGUUGUAUCAAAGAUGCUGUUAUGUUAUGUGUUAGGGGAAACAAGGGGUUUUGUGAGACAUGCAUGAGAACUGUAAUGUUGAUUGAACAGAAUGAGGAGGGAAACAACAUGGCACAGGUUGACUUUAAUGACAAAAAUAGUUGGGAGUACCUUUUCAAGGAUUACUAUGUAGAUCUAAAAGGAAAGCUAUCUCUAACAUUUGAUGAACUCGCUCAAGCCAAAAACCCUUGGAAGGGUUCUGGUAAGCUUCCUUCUAAAGAGGAAUCACCAGAUGAACUUUUUGAUGCCACAAAUGAUAGAGGAUCAGAUUCAGAUAGCCCUUAUGAGAAUGUAGAUUUGAGUCGAUCUAAAAAAAGAAAGCCCAAGAAACGGGCAAAGUCUCGUUCCAAAGAAGGGAAAUCAUAUAGUGCGUCAUCUACAGAAGAAAGCUCUGAGUGGGCUUCAAAGGAGCUUUUGGAGUUUGUGAUGCACAUGAGAAAUGGAGAUAAAUCUAUGUUGCCGCAGUUUGAUGUGCAUGCUCUUUUGCUAGAAUAUAUUAAAAUAAAUAAACUUCGAGAUCCUCGCCGAAAAAGUCAAAUCGUUUGUGAUGCGAGGCUUCAAAAUUUGUUUGGUAAGCCAAGAGUUGGACAUUUUGAAAUGUUAAAACUUCUUGAAUCCCAUUUCCUUCUAAAAGAGGAUUCACAAGCUGAAGAUCACCAGGGGAGUGUUGUCGAUACUGAAGUUAGUCAUCUGGAAGGUGAUGGCGAUGAUGAUACAUAUAUUAAAGUUGGAAAGGAUAAGAAACGUAAAAGUCGUAAAAAGGGUGAUGAGAGAGGACUUCAAUCAAAUAUUGAUGAAUAUGCAGCCAUUGAUAAUCAUAAUAUUAAUUUAAUUUAUCUAAGACGCAACUUAGUGGAAGAUCUACUUGAAGAUACAGAUCAGUUUCAUGACAGCGUUGUUGGUUCUUUUGUGAGAAUAAGAAUUUCUGGUAGUGGUCAAAAGCAAGACUUGUAUAGGCUGGUGCAGGUUGCAGGUACAUGCAAAACAGCAGAGCCAUAUAAAGUUGGUAAAAAGAUGACAGAUAUCUUGCUAGAAAUCUUAAAUUUAAACAAGACAGAGAUUGUAUCAAUGGAUAUCAUCUCAAAUCAGGAGUUCACAGAGGAUGAGUGCAAGCGCCUCCGCCAAAGCAUAAAAUGCGGCCUCAUUAAUCGGAUGACCGUGGGUGACAUUCAGGACAAAGCAUUGACACUUCAGGCAGUUAGAGUAAAGGAUUGGCUAGAAACAGAGAUAGUGCGGCUAAGCCACCUUCGUGAUAGAGCUAGUGAGAAUGGACGCAGAAAAGAGCUCAGAGAAUGUGUAGAGAAAUUGCAGCUUCUGAAAACCCCUGAAGAACGGCAACGUAGAUUGGAGGAAAUUCCAGAAAUACAUGUGGAUCCAAAAAUGGAUCCAAGUUAUGAGUCUGACGAAGGAGAUGAAAUGGAGGAUAAAAGACAAGAAAACUUCAUGAGACCUAGAGGGUCGAGUGCGUUUGGAAGGAAGGGGAGAGAAAUUGCUUCGCCUAGAAGUGGUUCCAUUUCAAGUGAUUCUUGGAGUGGAACAAGGAACUAUUCUCCCAUGAAUCAGGAACUCAGCAGAAACUUGUCUAAUAAGGGAUUUUCAGUCAAAGGUGAUGAUGUUUCUAAUGCCACUGAGCUUUUAAAUGAUUCUCAAUUUCACCAGGGAAGAGAUAAGGAAUCACAACUAUCUAAUAGUUGGGAUAGGCAAAAGCUACUGUCUUCAAGCUUGGAGAAUGGUGGUAAAAGUACCCGGCCAUUGGUAGCAUCCGAGUCUUUCUCAAAUACUGUAUCAGAAGCUGCCACAGCACCAUCUUCUGGCGGAUUAGCAGCUCCGGCUGUGAAAAUUAAUGAAACUGAAAAGAUGUGGCAUUAUCAGGAUCCAUCUGGAAAAGUUCAGGGACCAUUUUCCAUGGUGCAACUUAGCAAAUGGAAUAAUACGGGAUACUUCCCUGCUGAUUUGAGGAUUUGGAAAACCAGUGAGAGACAAGAUGAAUCUAUACUCUUAAGAGAUGUCUUAGCAGGGAAAUUUUCUAUAGAACCAUCCGCGGUGGAUACAACUCCUCCUAAGGCUCAAAAUCACUCAUCCUCAUUCUCCAGGAUGUCUCCUUUGGCGGCUCAAGGUUUAGCAAGUAAAACAUCUCCUUUGGCAGUUGAGGUCCCUAAAAACCCUGGAAAUGGUUGGGGUUCUGGUGCCAGUGUAAAAAAUGAACCAACAAGUCUCCCUUCGCCUACUCCCCAAACUGCUUCAGUUGGGUCCAUGGGGCAUGCUUUUGAAAACAAAUGGUCACCAACACCUGUCCAGAUGGCUGGGUCUGUUUUGGGAAAUUCGUUCCCAAACAGUCUCGGAGGUUUUCAGACCUCUGUGGCAGUCAACUCACACCCUGGUAUAACUGCAGAUACUACUCAAGUGCAUCUUCAAGCAACAGCUGCAAAUAUGCAAAACCAGGCUGCGAGUAUCCAUAAUUCUCGUGCUGAAGCUCAAGGGUGGGGUCAGUCUGUGGUUCCAAAGCCAGAAUCACAGGCCUGGGGAGGUACACCAUCUCAAAGAGUAGAGGUGAAUAAUUCUGGAACCUUGCCUGCCCAGCAAGCUUCCCAUGGUCUAUGGGGUGAUGCUUCUUCUGUUCAGAACUCUGCCUCAUUUAGCACUGGAAAUCCAACUGGGAGUUUACCCGCACAUGGAUUUCCAGGCAUGACUGCACCAGGUAAUCAAGCAAACACCAUGGUCCCACCACCACCCAAUAUGUCAUGGGGCAUGAACAUGCCUGGAAAUCAGAAUACUAGCUUGGGUGGGGCUAUACCUACCAAGAUGAAUGUUAACUGGACGCAUGCACAAGCGCCAGCACCUGGAAAUGCAACUCCAGGAUGGGCAGCUCCUACCCAGGGGCUACCUCAGGUAAAUGCAAAUGCAGGCAGCUGGGUAGCACCUGGUCAAGGUCAUCCACAUGUAAAUAAUGCUAGUGCAGGUUGGGCUGUGCCUGGUCAAGGGCCAGCACCUGGAAAUGCCAAUCCUUCUUGGGCUGCAUCUGCUGGGAACCCAGGCAUGUGGGGAAACGGGCAGAGUCAUAGCGGAGAGAGGUUUCACAACCAAGGGGAUCGUGGUACCCGUGGUGGAGAUUCUGGUCGUGGAGGUAAAUCUUGGAACCGGCAGUCAUCAUUUAGAAGCGGAAGCAGAGGGGGUUCUAGGCCUCCUAGUGGGGGGCAAAGAGGAAUCUGCAGGUAUUAUGAGAGUGGAAAUUGCAGGAAAGGAGCUUCCUGCGAUUAUCAACACAACUAAGAGUUGUUGGGCUACUUAUUUGCGGAGAAACAUCUCUUACUGUACAGUAUUUCCCCAUUACAUGGCUUAACAUUGUGUAAUGAUGAUCAUGUAUGUAGAACUUGUGUAUUGUAGCAUCUCAUUUAUUUUCUAGUUUAUUUUGCCUUGUAUUCAUGAGUCACUUCUCACCUUGGAGUUGACUUAUGGGAUGGUUGACUAGCUACAGUAGUUGAGAUGUCUUUAGAUUAAUAAUGACAAAAGUGAUGAGGUUAUAGGUUUUUGUAUUAUACAAUUGUUUCAUCUUAGUGCUGUGAAGGGAACACAUUCGUUAAA